AUGGAAUUACUUAGAGAACUUAUCUUUACCUUUAUUACAAACUUUAAAACUAGAGCUAUUCUAGUAGAAAUAUUAGUAAGUUUAAUUGAAAAUACAAAUGGUCAUCUUAACAAAAUAAGUAUUGAUUGCAUAUCUUAUGAAGAGAUUAUUAAUAAAAUUAUUCAGGUCAUUUAUCAAAAAUGUCCAAAACUUAAGUAUCUUAAAUUAAUCCCUAUUAUAAGUGAAAAUAUCACAGAGUUUGAAAAUAUAUUAAUUAAGUGUCAAUAUUUAGAUGAAUUGUUUAUUUCAGUUGAUAAUUUGUUUGAUCCAAGAGAAUUAUUUGGAAUAUUAAUUAGAUCACCAAUUGGUUUGUUUAAGUUAAAGUAA